GUGUACUCAUUCCCUUUUGUGAAAAAAAUUGAUGGGCCAAAAAGGAUUCAAAGAUGAUUCAGGGUUUGAAAGUUUUGGCAAUCUUCUCAAUUUGUUCAGCCCUACUAUUUCAGAUACACUGUGCUUCACUGCAUCCAGAAAAUGCUCAGCUUCUUAGACCAAAAAGAACGACACCUUUCUGGAGAGGACUUUCAAGACCAGUUGGAGCACCAUGCAGGGAUAACAGUGAAUGCUUCACAAGAGUGUGCAGGAACAAACUAUGUUCUUUAAGAAUAUUGCAAGAGUAAUUAUGUCUUAAGAAGAACAAGCUGUUACCUUGGAUUAUGCUCCCCUUUAUUUAUUGUCACAUCUCCUAAUAUAUAUAUAUUUAAAGCUUUUUCAAUUGGUGCUUCAGUUGUAUGGACAAAUGAAAGAAUUUCAACUUGGCAGAAAUAUAUGCUAAUUUAAUUUAUAGUUUCCAUCUUGUUCCAAGAUGCGCUUUUAUCGAAGCUACAGUAGCUUCAAUUGAUUUUAUCUUUUAUUUGUAUUUUUUUCUGUGCAAAAAAAUAAAAUAAAUACUUGUAAGAGCAA